AGCGUUUUGCCAUUUCAUUUGAAAAAAUAAUACAUAUAUAACUAAAUGGUAUACAUUUCUGUACCAUUUCAUGCCACAGGAUGUUUCGACUCGGACUUCUAGCUCUUUUUCUUAUUUUUGUGUCAUUUGGUAAUGGACUUGCCGAUGAAAUCAGUGAGCGCAUCAAAGGGCCAGGAAUGGAAAAUACUUCCCCUGGAGAAUUCAAGUUUUUGGUAAAACUCAAGAACAAGAACACAAGCAAAUUGAUUGGUGCUGGCAUUUUGCUUAAGUCAAAAGUUGUGUUAAGCAUUGGUUACAACUACAUGGAUAUGAAGCCGGAAGACCUUGUAGUUGUCCUUGGAGAGCAUGACAGAAAGGACGACAGUUUCAGCCAGACUAUAGACGUGGAUACUAUAAAAGUUCACCCACAGUUGAUAAAGUCACUUGGAACAGUUGCUGAUGUUGCUUUAUUCAAACUGUCAAAGAGACCCAAAAUAGGCGAUAGCUACUUAGUUGAGACGUUCGGAUUAGAGAAUAUAAUCUCUUCCAAAAACAAGGAAAAGGAAAUUUUUGGUAACUCUGAAAAGUGCAUUGUUCCAGGCUACGGGCUUACAGAAUGGAAUGAAGAAACGGAAAAACUGCCGAGCAAAUUGAAGAAGUUUGUUCCACAGGUUAGACAACAGAAUGAAUGUGAAAAAUUUACCACAGACUAUAUGAAACAGACGUUUCUGUGCUCAAUUAAUGAUGACCUAACAGCAGUGUGUAUGUAUGAUGGUGGCACCCCUUUGCUAUGUAAGAAAGGCGGUAGGUUGAAGUUGUAUGGCUUGACAACGGCAGGGACCAAGUACUGUUCAGUGGGUUUGAGUGUCUUUACCAGGAUGUCACGUUAUUAUGGGUGGAUCAAACGCAAUGCAAACCUUCUUAAGUGAAGUGUUUGUCAUAGUUAGCAUCAACCUAUCAAUAAAUAUUUCCAAGGUUCAAAAUAAACCGUUUAGCAGCAUUUUUCCUUUUUUCUUUCAUUAUUUUAUGAAAUUAUUUUAUCGUUUGAUUGAGUAAAAAUAGCAUUCCCCA